UGUUAUUAUUAUUAUUAUUACUCUUAUUUAAACAGUAAUUGAUUACUAUAUUUAUUAAUUUUGUAUACAUUUUCGUCCGACUCGCCGCAAAACAUUGGCUAUCAUUGGUCCAUAGUUGUAUUACGCGCACGGUAUUACUUACAUUGUGUUUGUCUCUGUGCAUCGUUAUCCUGCAAUGCCCGCUCUACCUUUAUUCGUCUGUUCCGUACUGUUAUUGUGAUUUUGGCAGUCGUCCUAGUUGCAGCUUACCACAGGAAUAGAUUUGAAAAUAUAUAUUCGUCCUUUGUCCAUGUACUCAAAGGCCGUAUGUAAUUGAAUGGGUUUUAUUGCGCUUGGUUAUGAUUACUAUGUUGCAGCCGAUCAUCGGAGAUGUGAUACACUCUUGAAUAGAAUGAACUCGCUAACCGAUGGUUAUAGUUCGUGCAUGAUGUCCAUGAAUGUAGAUUGUAAGGAGCAGCUCAAAACCCAGUUUGUUACCAGGGAGGGUAUUUACAAACUAUUGACGUUGGCCACAUACUCGCGUCCAAACCGAAUCGGUUACAAUGUGCAAACUAAUACAUCUGUGUAUGUAUCCUUUGUUAGCUAUUCUGAUUCCAAUGGCAAUGAUGAUAGGAUCUGCUUCAACAUUGGUCGUGAGCUCUUUGUUUUUGUUUACAAAGGAACCAAAAAGGGUGCAGAUCUAACCAAACCCAUUGAUAAAAAAAUGUACAAAGGCAUAAAUCCAACUUGUCAUGAUUUUAAUUCAGUUGCCAUAACUGAAGAUUCACUACCAUUGAUUGUAGGAUUUUCUACAGGACUAAUACAGCUUAUUGAUCCUAUAAGAAAGGAUGUCAGUGUAUUGUUCAAUGAAGAGAAAAUUAUUGAUAAAACGAAAGUAACUUGUGUUAAAUGGGUACCAAAUUCAAAACAUUUAUUCCUGGUAUCACAUUCUAGUGGUCAAUUAUAUUUAUAUAAUGAAACAUUGACUUGUGGUACAACAACACCAAUUUAUCAACAAGUAAAGUCUGGUGAAGGUUAUACAGUGCAUACUUGUAAAACAAAAAGUACACGGAAUCCAAUGUAUCGAUGGUUGAUUGGUUGUGAGAACAACAGCAUCAAUGAAUUUGCCUUUUCUCCUUGUGGUCUUUAUUUAGCUGUUGUUUCCCAGGAUGGAUUUCUCAGGGUAUUUCAUUAUGAUCAAAUGGAAUUAAUUGGAAUGGCUCGUAGUUAUUUUGGUGGAUUCUUAUGUGUCUGUUGGUCUCCUGACAGUCGAUAUAUAGUGGUUGGUGGAGAAGAUGAUUUAGUUACAGUAUAUAGUAUUUCUGAGCAUAGAGUCAUAGCCCGUGGUCAAGGACAUCAUAGUUGGGUUAGUGUGGUAGCUUUUGACCCUUAUACUAGUACACCUCCAUCUAUGGAACCAUGUUUACCUGGAUGCUACAGACUUGGCUCUGUUGGACAUGAUACACAAUUAUGUCUAUGGGACAUCACUGAUGAUGUUUUACAUCAUGUAACAUUAGUAUCACCAGUUCCUGCAACACCUAAACAAAAUGGUGUUAUACAUCAUAGUAAACACAAUGGUAAUGCUAAUAUUAUACAAAAACAAACUCAAGACCCAAUGCGAUUGAUUGGUACUGCUGCUUGUCCACGGUUUGAUCAAUGUCCACGACUUGAGCCAUUAAUUUGUAAGAAAAUUGCUCAUGAUCGAUUAACAGCCCUUAUUUUUCGUGAAGAUUGUUUUGUAGCAGCUUGUCAGAAUGGAUAUGUUUACACUUGGGCUCGGCCUGGAACAAUUACUAGCAUGAAUGCACAUUUAGUUUCUGAUCCUAACUCCAUCAUAUCAUCAAUAGAUCUACCUUCAUCAAAUACAGCAUCUGUAGUAUAAUAAACAUUUUAUAUAAAUUAAUAGAUGUAAUAGCUGAUAGUUGAAUGUUUCAGUGUGGAAUUAAGUUUAAGUUAUAAAUUGACAAGCAAAAGGUGAUAAUUAAAAAAAAACAAUUAUAGUUUAAAAAA